AUGGCUCUGCUCAGCUGCAUUCUGCUUGCCCUUUCGUGUUGGGCGACAGCCUUCUCCGAGACCCCUCAGCAAGCCUGCGACGGGGUGGACGGGCGAUGCGAUGGUCAGGAGCAGCAGGUGUUGCUGCAAAGGAAGAAUGAAAAUCGCAGGCUCGAUUCCAGCUCCAUCGCAACAAGGCAAGGCACCUGCACAAACGUCGCAUGGGAUUGCCAGACCGCCGGGCAGGAUCGAGAGAAUGCCAUGCAGGUGUUGAACUCGCGGCCGGACGGCGCCGCAUGCCAGGGAUCUCGGUUGGCCCGGCUGAACGUCCUGAACGGCAAUUACGAGACUCUUUGCGAAUUCCCUUCUGACUGCUUCAACGCCUGUGGCAUCAAUCCGCUAGAUUCGAUGAUCUAUUGCGAGCUAGAUACGAUUCCGAGCUACCUGGUUCGCCUGACGUGCCCCACCAACGGAGACCCCGGAUCCUUCUGCUUCCUCGGCACGCAGUUCAACUCGGUGUCCGGAGGUUUCAGUCCCAGAUCCAUUCCUCCAACCAGCGCCAACUUCGUGUUCGUUGCUUUCGCUGAUGCCACUGUCCGUGCUCAAGGAGGCUUGGAAAACCUGCCCGGCUACCUCACCGUUGAUGACGUCACCCCUUUCCCGGACCUCACUACCUUCGCCAUCAACAUCACGCGGCAGCCGAUUCUGCAGACAAGCGCUGACCUCACGGUGCGAAGGGCGACGAUCGAUGGAAGAGAUGACCUUUGGCUUAUCUCCUGCGAGAACGACAACGUCAUCAUCCAGAACCUGGAGAGACCGGAAUUCUUCUAUUCAGUCACGAUGCAGCCGACGAAUGCGCCAAGCCCCCAGGGCGAAGCGGGUGCUCAGUGGGACUUCGACGGCUUCAUCUACUGUGCCUACAAUAACGGCGAUGGCGUGUACGAGAUUCUCGUUGACGACGUGGAUGUGCAGAGCCUGGAGGUGCCAGUCACUCUGGUCAGCCAAUCGCAGGAGUUGAUCCAGACCACCAACGACGGUCUGAACUGCAUCACGGUGGAGCCACCAUUCACGACCACCUCGACCACCAGCACCACCACGACGGUCAUCAUCGAGGCGUGCUUCAACGACCCCUUCGAUUGUACGGACACGGGUAUCUCGUAUCGGUGGCCGAUGACCAGCGACCGGAGCCCAGCGGAGAUUUUGCGGCUCAACGUCGGUGCCAACACCUACUCGGUCGUCUGCAACUUCCCAGACAACACGGGCCUUCAGCUCGAGGCUUGCGGCAUCAACCCUGUCGACAGCACCAUCUACUGCACCGAGCAGCAAGGCUCCAACCGCGCCUCAUCGUGA